AUGUCGCCCAGGCUCAAGCCUUUGCUGCUUCCGCAGAUGGUGGAGGAUCGACGCAAGUGGGAGGUACAACAAGUUAGCCCCGAGACAGACCUCUCUUACGUCUACUACACAACAAACUCGUCCUCAUCCGAUGUUGCUUCACCACUUACUCCGACUUUCUCCCCUGCAAAGGGCCACUUUCGCAUGUCAAGCUCGACUUCUUCUCUCGAUCUGCCACCGCAAUUGAACGAAAGCCCCAUCUCACCUACGCAAUCCGUCCACAUAAAACCACCCAUGCGAUCACUCCCCGAUGUCCAAGAAGAGCCUCUAGAACCUGAACACCUCAACACGCACGACGAGGACAACACCGACCGUCAUAGUUUUGCACCUUCAGAUCAGUUUAGUCUCUACGACUGUUUGUGCGAUGAACCAUAUGCGCCCCGAAAUAGUACCGAGGAUGUCAUGUUUGACGGCAACAUUGUUGGCGACUACGAUAUCGACUACGACAUGGGUUUUCUGAGUGAUGGUGACACACCCAUCGACGAGCGCUCCCGCAAGAAGAGAUCAGGUAGCGAAUCACCCUUUGCCGGCCUCACCUCACGCAUUGGUGCCCGCUUCCCCAACAUGUCGCUCUGGAAACCAAACGGCCGCCGAGGCAACCCCAUGAUGUCGCCCAGCACCGAACUUAGCCUCGAGAGUGUUGUCCUGUCUGGAGGUCCCUCAAGCCGAUCGUCAUCCAUGUCAGCCCCCAGCCGACCCGGCCACGAUCGCAUGCUGGAAAACACUGGACUCCCUACUCCUGCAGUAUCUUACUACGGAAGCACCGAGAGUAUCAACCUACCCGCGCCCAUCGACAUUGAAAAGGCGCAAGCUCUUGUCGAGCAAUCCGACCUUGAGCGAGAGCGAGGCAUGGCCACAACACCUCUAUUACCGCCAUUAAUGACCAGCCCUCUCUGUGGACCCCCACCAGAGUCUCCUCUCCAAUCACCAACCAUCGCACCACCCUCUACCACCACCGAGGUCCCUUCGCCAGUCCCCUCUGCUACAACACAAUUUCCCCGACCAUCUCUGAGCACUAGGCCUUCAGUAUCAUCCUUCCGCUUUGGCUCCAACAGCCCCGAGCUUCCCACCCCUCUUCCAUCGAUCCUCCUGGAGUACGACGAGUGGUCUGAUAGUCUUGGUCACGCCAACUUUACCAUUACUCCGCAGCCUUAUCAACCCGAGACUGUGAACAUGGAGACCCUCCAGCAGUUGCGCAAGGAUUGGGACACGGCGCGAUGCAACUACACCAAGCACCUUGUGCGCACGGGAGAGAACUACGGCGAGACGAGCAAGAUCUACGGUCUUACCGAGGCCAAAUGGACCGAAAUCGAGAAGCGAUGGAGGGCAACCCACGACGGACUCAUGGCCCAGAUCGUGGAAGCCACCAGCUCUGCCCCCAGUUCAACAAGCGGUUCACGAAGCCGAAGCCGUGGCCGCGGACGAGCACGAGCCAACAGCGGCGGUUCCAACCUCGGUCGACCCCCGCCUCUGGACGAUGUUUUUGCUGGUAUGCAAUGGAAGCGCCUCGAGGAUGGACUGCCCAGCGCAAUUCCCCGGCUGGUGGACGCGGAUGGCAAGUUCCCCGCCCGAGGCGACGAGGACAUUGUAGGACCCAUGCAACGGGACGAGGUGAUGCUACGGACGCACAGCGAGGAGCGCAAGGGAGCACGAUUCUGGAAGAACCUCGCGGGCAAAGUUGGCCUGCGAAAGUAA